CUAAAAUCAUAGCUAAAAAAAUAAGUGCGAAACCAAAAGCUUUGUUUGAGAUGUAAAAACAGAGACUCGGCCUUUGAUUUGGAAAUAUGAGCAAAUCUCUGCUGGCUUUUGUUGCUACAGCCAUUUCGACAAGGUUCCGCGUUCCUCUUCCUCAAAUUCAAUACCGAUUCUACUGUUCUUCACCCUCUCAUCCUUCAUCCAACAAGCUCUUUGUUGGAGGGUUGUCAUGGUCAGUGGACGAGAAGUCGCUCAAAGACGCUUUCUCUUCCUUCGGAGACGUCACCGAAGUGAGGAUAGUGUAUGAUAAAGACAGUGGCAGGUCUAGAGGCUUUGGAUUUGUCAUUUUUUCGAAUGAAGAUGAUGCAAAAUGUGCAAAGGAAGCAAUGGAUGGAAAGGCACUGUUGGGCAGACCAUUGAGGAUAAGUAUUGCACUUGAGAAGGCCCGAGGUGUACCUGUUGUAGUUCCUCGACUUUCAGAUAUUGGACAUUUGAACAGGCGCUAAAUUUACUAUGCUCACUAAAUCCAUGUAGGUAACAUCAUAUCUAUUGUUAGCUGCUGAUGACUACGAAAUUUGUAUUGAUUAUCGUGAUUAGCAGUCAGCAGAAAAUGAAAUUUAUAAGCAACUGGAAAUCAAUUCCUUAAAUCUGAGCAAAAGUAAUGUGUUAUAUUCAACUUAUUUUACAGAAACAAUUGCAUAUUUUUGUUAGAAUCAUGAGUGCUUUUUGAGAAAUGAAAACGAUUUGGCCAAACUGAGCACAAACAAAAA